AUCAUGUAUGUAAUAUAACAUAAAUUAUGUUACAAGUCUAGCCCCGACGCUUUGCGUCCCUCCCCCGUAAACAGGGCUCAGUUACUCACUGGCUAAAAAUAACCACCUGCUGUAACAGCAACUAGCUGCUGCUAGUGUGGGAACAAUUACACAAGAAAAAAUGGCUGAGGCGGUGGCUAAAGUUGCUCGGAGGAUUAAUGCAACCGUAGAGGAGGACAAAGAUAGUGUGGACUUAUCGAGCUGCCAGCUCAUUUCUUUCCCAGACGGUGUGUUCAAGGUCUUGAGGACUGUUUCAGAAAACAUCCAUGUUAUCACACUGGCUGACAAUGAGAUGAAAGUCAUUCCUAGCAAGUUCUUCUCGACUUUUACUCAGCUCAGAGAGCUUGACCUGCAAGGGAAUGUCCUCACCAAAAUGCCUGAGAGCGUGGGAGAAAUGGAGCAUCUGACCAGCAUCAAUCUGGCUAAUAACCGUUUCUCCACCUUCCCUGAUAAGCUGACUGAAAUAGCCACUCUGGAAAGGAUUGACCUUGAGGGAAAUAGCAUCACUGAAAUACCUCUGGAAAGGUUGUAUGCCAUGCCAGCACUGAAAUGGCUAAACGUGAAGUCAAACCCUCUGGACGUGAACACUCUGUCUGCUCUGCAGUCUCCCCACAAGUUUGAAAUUUUGUCAUCGCCAGAAUCUUAAAUUAAGACUUUAGACUGCAUGCUAUGUGCCUUUAACUUCUCAAGCUGGAGUCUUUCGAGUGCCUGAGAGAUGAGAUAGAAACACUUGAAGGUGACAUUAUGAAAGAGAAAUACACAGAUGACAAGGUUUUAGUUUGGCUGGUGACAGCACCCCUUCUGUGUUAAGAGAUGAGAGCUGUCCAGAUACGCAAUUGGACUGUUUGAUGAAACCAGAUCUUUUUAUCUUCUUAUUUAUUACUUUUGAUAUUAUGAAAAAUAAAAUCAGCGUGACUUUCUGAAAGAAAA